GACUGAGAUUCAGCAUAUAUAAAAGCUCGUGCUGACUAGAAUGUGCUUCUGCUCUCCAAACAUUACCACCAACAGCUCAAGCAAAUCAUAAUAUUCAAUAAAAAACACCUCAGUAUCCUGAUUAUUAACACAAAAUAUCACCAAAAAAGACAAGCACUCAAUUGACCUUUGAACAUCCAACAGCAGAAUGUUCAACCCAACCACCCUCCUCAUUGUCUCCUUCUGGGGCCUCGUCACUCUCAGCAUUCCAUCUUUCGCUCACCCCUCCCCAGCAAAUUUAACUUCCAUCCUGGAAGCCCGCGAGAAUCGAUGUAUCUGUGAGGAGGAAGGCAGAUUUUGCAUUGGAUUCAAUGAGCGUCUUAGCGGCAUCUGUCCAGCCGACACAAUCAUCACUUGCAAGGCGGAGAAUAUCGGCAAGGAACCAGCCAAAAAGCAGUAUUGCAACAAUGGACGUGGUUGGAGAGCCAAGGAAGAUAGUCACUGCUACUGGAAGCAGCUUACUAAGGAUAGUGGAAAGCUGGCGUGCAAGUGAG